GGCUUUUUCUGGCUAUGACUAUAUAAUUUCGACCGGUCUCCUGCUAUGGCGAUACGUUGUCCAGCAACUAGCAACAAUGCAAUCGAUGCGCUUCAUCAUCCUGGCACUGCUUGUGCAGUUCCUCCCAGCAUGGGCAGUCAACGACCCGGCCAAGUCGGCCGCCCCCUACCACGAUGAAUUCCCUCUCUUCCGCAGCGCCAACAUGGCCUCCCCGGAUAAACUGUCUACAGGAAUCGGCUUCCACUCGUUCCGCAUCCCCGCCGUAGUCCGCACCACAACCGGCCGCAUCCUCGCCUUCGCCGAGGGCCGCCGGCACACCAACCGGGAUUUUGGCGACAUCAACCUCGUGUACAAGCGCACCAAGACAACCACGAACAACGGCGCUAGUCCAUCAGACUGGGAGUCUCUACGCGAAGUCGUCGGCUCCGGCGCAGGCACCUGGGGCAAUCCCACCCCCGUCGUCGACGACGACAACACCAUCUACCUGUUCCUCUCAUGGAACGGCGCCACCUACAGCCAGCACGGCAAGGACGUCCUCCCUGACGGCACGGUGACCAAGAAAAUCGACUCCACCUGGGAAGGUCGCCGACACCUCUAUCUCACCGAGUCCAAAGACGACGGCAACACCUGGUCCAAGCCCGUCGAUCUCACCAAGGAACUCACACCCAACGGCUGGGCCUGGGACGCCGUCGGCCCCGGCAACGGUAUCCGCCUGACAACCGGCGAGCUGGUCAUCCCCGCCAUGGGCCGCAACAUUAUCGGCCGCGGCGCGCCGGGCAACCGCACGUGGAGCGUGCAGCGGCUUUCCGGGGCCGGGGCGGAGGGGACGAUCGUGCAGACACCCGACGGGAAGCUCUACCGCAAUGACCGGCCCAGCGAGAAGGGGUACCGGAUUGUGGCGCGCGGAACCCUGGAUGGCUUUGGGGCGUUUGCGACGGACACCGGGUUGCCGGAUCCGGCGUGCCAGGGGUCGGUGCUGCAGUAUAACAGCGAUGCGCCGGCGCGGACGAUCUUUUUGAACUCCGCGUCGGGGACGAGUCGGCGGGCGAUGCGCGUCCGGAUCAGCUAUGACGCGGACGCGAAAAAGUUCGAUUAUGGGCGGAAGCUGGAGGAUGCGAAGGUUACCGGGGCGGGCAAUGAAGGGGGUUAUUCGAGUAUGACCAAGACGGGAGAUUAUAAGAUUGGGGCGUUGGUGGAGAGCGAUUUCUUCAACGAUGGCACGGGCAAGAAUUCGUAUCGGGCGAUCAUCUGGAGGAGGUUCAAUCUGUCGUGGAUCAUGUAUAGAACCGGCAAGGGAGUGUCUCAUCCCUUGCCAUCCCUAGUUUGGCAGAAAUAAAUACUUCCUCCCCUAUUCUCUAUUCUUCAUAAUACUUACUCAUACGAUACACAAUAGCUACAAAAAUGCAUCUCUCCUGGGUCAUGCUCUUGGUCGUCUCGGCCGCAGCAAAAAACACCACUGUCAGUAAAUCCACUCUCGCUCCAACGCAGCACUGACAGGGAUGUUGCAGAUCGGGCUGGAAACUAUCGAAGAGGGCAGUAAAACGGUCAGCGUGCCUAUGGGCGAUUGCCAUAACAUCGAUUCCUA